CCCCCCCCCACUCCCCCGUGCCUCAGUUUCCCCUGACUAAGCUCAGCCCCCAGGACCCCGUGGCCGGGGGGUGGUGGUCCCGGUCCGGUCCCCUCAUCCCCACGUCCCCUCCGGCCACCCACAACGAUGCCGGGGGUCCCGCUGCCCCCUCCCCUCCUCCUCCUCCUCCUCCUCCCGGGGGGGUCAGCGCUGUCCUUCCCACGGGACCUGAUCCCACGCAGCACCGUAGGGCUGGCAGCCACCGCUUCCUACCCGCGCUUCGUGGGUCUGCGUGGGGACAACGCCACGGCCCACCUGGGACUGGGCUUCCAGCGCCUGCUGCGGCUCAACCGGACCCUGCUGGUGGCUGCACGGGACCACAUCUACGCCUUUGACCUGGGGCAGGACACGGGGACUCUGUACCCCCAGAGGCACCUCACCUGGGAGACAAGGGACAGAGAGAACUGUGCCAUGCGGGGACGGCUGCAGGACGAGUGUCACAACUACAUCAGGGUCCUGGUGCCCCGGGACCCCGGGACCCUCCUGGUGUGCGGGACCAACGCCUUCAGCCCCCUCUGCCGCAUCUACAGGGUGAGCAGCCUGGCUCAGGAGGGUGAGGAGCUGAGCGGGCAGGCGCGCUGCCCCUUCGAUGCCAAGCAGAGCGUGGUCGCCCUCUUCGUGGAUGGCAGCCUCUACUCUGCCACGGUGGCCGAUUUCCAGGCCAGUGACUCCGUCAUCUACCGCAGCCUCAGCCCCGGGCAGCCCCCCCUGCGCACCCUCAAGUACAGCUCCCGCUGGCUGCAGGAACCCCACUUUGUCCAAGCGCUGUCCUACGGCCCCUACGUUUACUUCUUCUUCAGGGAGGUGGCAGUGGAGCUCAGUGCCCUGGGCAAGGUGGUGGUGGCCCGGGUGGCCCGGCUGUGCCGCAAUGACCGGGGUGGCUCUCGGCGGGUGCUGGAGCGGCGCUGGACGUCGUUCCUGAAGCUGCGGCUGCAGUGUGCGGUCCCUGGGGACACCAUCUUCUACUUCGAUGUCCUGGAGGCUGUGACACCCCCCAGGGCCCUGCACGGCCGCCCCGCUGUCCUCGCCCUCUUUGGCACCCAACCCAACAGCAUCCCCGGCUCCGCCGUCUGCGCCUUCUACCUGGGGGACAUGGAGAGGGCGUUCGAGGGACCCUUUGCCGAGCCCCGCGGGGCCACCUGGGCCCCCGUGCCCGAGGAGGGGGUGCCCCGACCCAGGCCGGGGGGCUGUGCCGGGAUGGGACCCUCCGCUGGCAUCGUCACCUCCGGGGACUUCCCCGACGAGACCUUGACCUUCGCCAAGGAGCACCCACUGCUGCACGGGGCCCUGGCACCUGCUGGGGGGCGGCCCCUCUUCACCCACACUGGCACCAGGCUGACACAGCUGGCAGUGGACGUGGGCGCGGGGCCGCGGGGGGACAGGACUGUCCUGUUCCUGGGUGCUGAGGACGGGCGGGUGCUGAAGGUCCUGGCAGCCACCCAGCACCCCGGGGCCACCCAGCACCCUGGUGGCACCCUGGCACCUGGGGACACUGGGGACACGGGGGACACCGACUCUGAGACACUGCUGCUGGAGGACAUCAACCUCUACGACCCCAGGAGGUGCCAGGGGCCACGUCGGGUGCUGGGGAUGGAGCUGAACCCCCCGGGCAGGGAACUUUUCGUCGCCUUCUCGGGGUGCCUGGUGAGGGUCCCCGUGAGCCGCUGCGCCCAGCAUGGAGCCUGCCGCAGGAGCUGCCUGGCUGCCCGUGACCCCUACUGUGUCUGGCUGCCCCCCGGGGGCUGUGUCCCCUUCUCCGAGGACCUCCCGAGUGGCUUCGAGCAGGACCUGGAGGGAUCCAGUGGGAACACUGAGAGCUGCCAAGAGACAUCGGCUGCGGGGGACAGCGAUGCAGAGAGGGACUUGGCCCAUGGGGUUCGGCAGCCCGGGCCGGGGGCCGCGGCGACGGUUCCGGUGCCGGUGCUGGUGGGCUGCGUCCUGGGCUCCUUCGCCCUGGGGGCUUUGGCCACCGGGCUGCUGGUGGCCGCUUGUCGCCGCCCCGACGUCCCCAAGGGACCCCCGGAGACCCCCGCCCCGCGCCCCCCGGCCCAGCCGCCCGUCCCCCGCCUCUACCCCCAGCUGCCGGGGGCCGCGGGGCAGCGGGACCCCCCGGAGCCGCCCCCCCCACCGCCGGCAGCCCCGCAGCCCCCCGGCGAGAGGUCCCGGGAGGGGGGGACGGAGCCCCGGAGCCCCCAAGCCCCCCGGCCCGGUCCCCCGGAGCCCCCCGGCCCGGGACCCCCCCCCAAGGUGACCCUGGAGGAGCUGCGGCAGCGGCUGCAGGGGGGCGGUUUGGGGGGGGUCUCGGGGUGCCCCCCCCCGGGAGCCGCCGGAUCUUUCGCCAACCGCGUGCAGCCGGGGACCCCCUUUUCCGGGCUCCCCCCGCCCCCCCGGGACGGGGCUCCCCGCAGGAUGGAUGUGCCCCCCGAUAGCCCCCCGCCCCCCCGCCGGCCCCUGGCACAGAGACACUCCCUGGGGGGGGGGACCCCCGCCAGACCCCCCCUCGGCCUGGCCCGGGGUCUCACCCGCAUGCACUCUUUGGAGACCCCGGGGGGGCCACCCUGGGGUCCCCGGCACAGCCCCCUGGAACGUUCCCUCUCCGUGAAGCCCCCGGUGCUGCCCAAGCCCCUCCUGGUGCCCGCGGCCCCCGGGCGGCCCUGAGCCCCCCCAGAUGGGGACAGGGGGACAUCCCGGUCCCCAGCACCCAUGGGACACUUGGAGGGGACCCCCAAGUCACCCACUGCCCGGGGGGAUAUGGGGAGGUGGGGGGCAGGGUCCCCAAUUCCCUGGCUCCAUGCCCUGAGCUGUGAGGGUCCCCAUGGCCCCAGGUUGGGGUGGGAAGGGUCCCCUGUGUCCCACAACCCCCCCAUCUCCCUGUCCCAGGUGACAGGACCCCCCCACAAAAGCCUGAGCCACCCCAAUGUCCCCACCCAGGGUGACAAACCCCCAAUUCCCCAAGGGCUUUUUUUUGGUUUAUUUGUUUUUUGAUCCUUUUUAAUUUAUUUGCUGCUUUGGGGGCCGUGUGAGCCACCCCCCCCCCAACCCCCUCCCCAUGGCCACUGUCCCCUCUCUUGGGGACAGCAGGAAAGGGGGGGGGGACAGGGUGGGUCACCAGAGCUGGGUCUGUCCUACCAUGUAGGGCUGGGGCUCAGCAGCACCAUUAAAGCCAUGGGU